AAUCUUACGAAAUACACAUAAAAUAGUCACUACUAACUAACUAACAACAACUUCCUUAAACCACCAUGGGAAAAGAAAUUGAAGCCCAAACCGGGUUCAAACUAGUUGGCUUCAAUAACUUUGUCCGAACCAACCCCAAAUCAGACCGGUUCAACGUCAAAUGCUUCCACCACGUCGAGUUCUGGUGCACCGACGCUACCAACACCGCACUCCGUUUCUCUCAUGGUCUAGGAAUGCCAAUGGUCGCUAAAUCUGACUUCUCCACCGGCAACCAAACACACGCUUCCUAUCUCCUCCGUUCCGGCGACCUUAAUUUCCUCUUCUCCGCAGCUUAUUCCCCUUCCAUUUCACUCUCAUCUCCUUCCUCAACCGCCUCCAUUCCAUCCUUCGACGCUUCCACCUGCUUUGCCUUCUCCGCUUCUCACGGCUGCUCUGUCCGUGCUAUCGCAGUUGAGGUUGAUGACGCCGAAAUCGCGUUCACCAUGAGCAUAAACCAUGGUGCAAUUCCGGCAUUUCCUCCGGUCCUCCACCACAACCGUGUCAAACUCGCCGAAGUUUGUCUCUAUGGCGACGUUGUUUUGCGUUAUAUCAGUUACAACAAUGAUUCAAACUCAAAACAUAGUUUUCUCUUUCUGCCUGGAUUCGAACCUCUAUCAGAUUUAAAUCCAUUCUCCAAGUCAUCACCUCUCGACUUUGGAAUCCAGCGACUAGACCAUGUCGCUGGAAACGUACAUGACCUUUCAUGUGUGGUGGAGUAUUUAGAAAAAUUCACCGGUUUUCACGAGUUCGCUGAGUUUACUGCGGACGACGUUGGAACCGGUGAGAGUGGUUUGAACUCAUUGGCAUUGGCGAACAAUAAUGAAACGGUAUUGUUAACAGUUAACGAACCGGUUUAUGGAACGAAGAGAAAGAGUCAGAUAGAAACUUAUUUGGAGCACAAUGAAGGUGCUGGGGUGCAGCAUUUGGCAUUGAUGUCAGAUGAUAUAUUUAAGACAUUGAGAGAGAUGAUGAAAAGAAGUGGUUUUGGUGGCUUUGAGUUUAUGCCUUCUCCUCCAUUUACUUAUUAUAGUAAUUUAAAGAAACGUGUUGGAGAUGUUUUGAAUGAUGAACAGAUUAAGGAGUGUGAGGAGUUUGGGAUUUUGGUUGAUAGAGAUCAUCAGGGUACUUUGCUUCAGAUUUUCACCAAACCUAUUGGGGAUAGGCCAACCAUAUUUAUAGAGAUAAUUCAGAGAAUUGGAUGCAUGGUGAAUGAUGAGGAAGGGAAGGAGUACCAAAAGGGAGGUUGUGGGGGGUUUGGGAAAGGCAAUAUCUCUGAGCUUUUCAAAUCCGUUGAAAAAUAUGAGAAGACUUUCGAAACUUGGAGAACAACUACAUAAUUCAUUGGUUACUUUCUGGAUCAAACUUAGUAGCCCUGUUGAGCUGAAAUUAUGAUUUUGUAAAAAAAAAUAAAAUCAUUAUGACUUGUUUUUCGAAUAAUUAUUGCAUGGACAAAAGAUAUUAAUUGAUCGUGACUCGACCGAGGGUUGAUUUUGUUGUUGUUCAUCAA